AUUUCUCUUCAUCACAGAGUUUCCACUCGCAUAAUAAAUUUAUUAACAAAUCAAAUAAAACAAAAUAAAUCGGUGUGAUCAUAGAGUUUCAUGCACAAAUGAAUGCUUCAAAGAUUGUUUCUUUGUUACUAUUGCUUGUAUUAAUCAAUAUAAGCAGUAAUGAUAUCAAUGGCGUCAAUGCAUUUCACAAAGUUAUCAAGAAAAUGCAAUCUAAAUCAACAUCGUUAGAGGUAGUGAGCCAUCUUCACAGAACCGGCUUUCACUUUCAACCUCCACGCCAUUGGAUUAACGAUCCAAAUGGUCCAAUGGUGUACAAGGGAAUCUACCAUCUUUUCUACCAAUACAAUCCCAAAGGUGCGGUUUGGGGUAACAUUGUGUGGGCUCAUUCAGUUUCUAAGGACUUGAUCAAUUGGGAAGCUCUUGAACCGGCUAUUUACCCCUCCAAAUGGUUUGAUAUCAAUGGUACAUGGUCCGGUUCAGCCACCAACGUACCGGGAAAAGGACCGGUUAUCCUCUACACUGGUAUCACCGAGAACCAUACUCAGAUCCAAAAUUAUGCCAUUCCCCAAGACCUUUCCGACCCAUACCUCAAGAAAUGGAUCAAGCCCGACGACAACCCUAUCGUAAGACCCGACCAUGGCGAGAAUGGAUCCGCUUUCCGUGACCCGACAACUGCUUGGUUCAACAAAAAAGAUGGGCACUGGAGAAUGCUUGUGGGCUCAAAGAACAAGCGUAGAGGAAUUGCUUAUAUGUACAAAAGUCGUGACUUCAAGAAAUGGGUCAAAACUAGACGUCCCGUACACACUAGAAAAGCAACCGGUAUGUGGGAAUGUCCCGACUUUUUCCCGGUUUCCAUCGGCAAGAAAACCGGUUUAGACACCAGCUAUGACGGUCCAAACACCAAGCAUGUGUUGAAGGUUAGCUUGGACCUGACCAGGUACGAGUACUACACUCUUGGAACGUAUGAUACUAAGAAGGAUCGUUACAAGCCUGAUGGUACCACUCCUGAUGGUUGGGAUGGUUUGAGACUAGAUUAUGGUAACUUCUAUGCGUCAAAGACAUUCUUUGAUGACACGAAGAACAGAAGAAUCCUCUGGGGUUGGGCUAAUGAAUCUGAUAGUGCUGUGGAAGAUACCUUGAAGGGUUGGGCCGGUGUUCAGCUUAUCCCAAGAACGGUCUUGCUUGACUCUAGUGGUAAGCAACUCGUGUUUUGGCCUAUUGAAGAAAUCGAGUCGUUGAGAGGAAAGAAUGUUCAAAUGAACAACCAGAAAAUAGAAAUGGGUCAACGCUUUGAGGUCCAAGGGAUCACCCCGGCCCAGGUUGAUGUGGAUGUGACAUUCAACGUAGGAAGUCUAGACAAGGCAGAAACAUUUGACGCGAGUUUUGCAACAAAACCACUAGAUUUAUGUAAUUUGAAGGGUUCAAAUGUGACUGGUGGGGUUGGCCCUUUUGGUCUGAUCACCUUGGCUACAUCUGACCUACAAGAAUACACUCCCGUCUUCUUCAGAGUCUUCAAAGAUGCCACAACCAACAAGCCUAAGGUCCUCAUGUGCUCUGAUGCCAAGCCUUCAACUCUCAAAGGAGACACGGGCACUGACUCCACGGAGAAGAUGUACAAACCCUCGUUUGCUGGUUUUGUCGAUGUUGAUCUCGCCGACGGAAAGAUAUCUUUAAGGAGUUUGAUUGAUCACUCGGUCGUGGAAAGCUUUGGAGCAAAAGGAAAGACAGUGAUAACAUCUCGAGUGUAUCCUACCAAAGCUGUAGGUGACAACGCUCAUUUGUUUGUCUUCAACAAUGGGUCACAGCCUGUGACUGUUGAGAGCCUCAACGCAUGGAACAUGCAGAAGCCCGAGAAAAUGAACCAAGGAGCUAAAUGAUCACAUUCUUUUUAUUUUUUUCUUUAAUUAAUAAAAUUCAUUUAUUUUUUAUAAGAAAGAGAGAGUCUGUGACAAAUAUUAUAGAGAAGAGACUUAUUGUGUUUCUUCUCUGUCGAUUCACUUGUACAUAGUCCAUUGCUUAUAUGGACUAGAAAUCUCAAUAAAAUCACUAUUUAUAAAAUAAUAUAUAUAGAGUAAAUAAUGAAACAGCAGUGAGCAUGCUUCCUCAAAUUGUUGGAGAAGACAUGCAUCUUUGCGCCUCGUAGAGGGAUUUAAUGUUCUGGUUUGAAUCCAUGUUUCUGUCUUUAGUUGAUUCUCAAAUCUUACCCAUGCAUAUGAAUAUGCAUGUAUACUAAAUUCAAACUGUUGCCUUCUAAGUUGUUCAACCGUAACAAUACUAACUUUUAAACUUGCUGAGUUAACAUUUUCGAACAAUUUUGCUGGCAGUUUUAUAAUCUUUCACAAAAAAUAUUACAAUAAGAUUUCGUUAACAGUCAAUAUCUCAUCGUCUAGGAUGCAUGCACAAAUAAAACGGAAGAAGCAUAUGUAGAAUCGAAUAAUAAGAACAAAUAACUGAGUAAGCAUGAUUAGAAAACCAAAUCCUUUUACUGAUAUAAUCUUUGAACAUCAAAUUUUACUGAAGCAAAAACAACCUUAUCAAGGGCAAGACGAAACAACAAAAAAAAAGAA